CAAGCGUCGCUUGUUACAGUCAACACAAGUUUACCGAGUAGCCAGCGAUUAGCUAAUCACAAUGGCUGCUUUUAUGAAACUGACAUGUUUAGCCAUCCUAUUGAGCAGUACCUACGCCGGCAUCCUCCACGGUCAUCAUCACCACGAUGAACAUUCAUCGGGUGGAUACUCCUCUCAUCAUUCAUCAUCCAGCUUCUCUCCCAGCAGCUUCCCCGCUGGAUCGCUACCCUCAGCCACUUAUUCUGGAUCAGGACUAAGCCACGGUAGUUACUCCCAUGGUGGCAGCGUCCUUGACACUUCAUUGUCUGGAUCUCAUGGAUACAGCGGUUCCUCUAUCGGAGGUGGUCACGGAUACAGUGGUAGCCAUGGAUUGAGCGUUGGUUCAGGAUUAGUUGGUCACGGACUCAGCGGUGGUUCCGGAUUCGGCAGUGGUUCCGGAUUCAGCAGUGGUUCUGGGUUGGGUGGUUCUAGCUUCGGCAGUGGAUCUUUAGUUGGAUCACCUAGCAUAAGUAGUGGACCUGGAAUCAGUGGACCCAGUUUCGAUGCUGGCUCUGGGAUCAGCGGCGCUGGUCUCGGUGGACCUGCCCUCGGUGGUGCUGGAUUCGGAGGACCUGCUCUUGGUGGAUCUGGAUUUGGAGGAUCUGGUUUGACUGUACCCGGUGGUGAAGCUCCACCCCCAGGCGCUAAGGCCCCUGUCAUUGAAGAGAUCCAUGGUCUUGCUAAUGGCAAUGGUGCUCCUACUCAGUACCGCGUCCGUGAAGAGCCCUACCAAGUAUUCAGGGAGGUGACCCACAGAGUACCCCAGCCCGUGCCCUACCCCGUGCCCCAGAGAGUCGAGGUUCCAGUACCUCAGCCCUACCCCGUUCAAGUCCCAGUCGUUAAGAACGUACCAGUGCCAGUCGUGCAGAUCCAGCAAGUGAAGGUUGACAAACCAGUGCCUUACCCCGUCGAGAAGAUCGUUAAGGUACCAUACGAGAAGAUUGUAAAAGUACACGUAGACAACCCUGUCCCCGUUGAGAAGAUUGUUGAAGUUCCAGUCGUGAAGCUGGUCAAGGUGCCCGUGCCUGUCGUGAAGAAGUACGCCGUACCAGUCGUGAAGACUGUCCACCACAAGGCUCACAGCCACGGCCAUGGACACAGCAGCCACGGACACAGCCACGGUUGGUCCAGCUGGUAAUUCUGGAUAGCCAAAGAAAUACAUUGUACAUAGUGUAAUCGUCACAUACCUAGUCCGGUCUUUUGUAAAUAUAGAUCGCUUCAUAGCUCAUCGUGAGGCUGCAAUCUAGGGUGAUAACUAAGUCAUUAAUUUAAGUGAAUAUACUAACUGUAUGUUCUUUAUAAUGUUUGCUGU